AUGCUCAAAAGAAUUCGAGGUCUAACAAGAAGUGGUGGCAAUUCGGUAUGGGAGAGAAGCCGACUGAGAAAACAAGCACCCACAGAUUCCAGCAGCCCGACACGGUCAGGAGGUCCAAGCUGGUGGCCGUCGCUCUCAAAGACUGGACAUGACCCCAAGUCUCCAGAGAUGAUUCAGCAGAAGAAGGAGGUCUACGAUUCGAGCUCGGACGAAGAGACCGUAUGA